CUUUAUUAAUACUUCAUCUCAUCGAAAGCUAUCAUGGCAACUCUUCAUGACCCCAAACUGACAAUCAUUGACGUUUUACCUCCCGAGCUUCUCGGUGAUGUCUUCUCCUGGUUCUGCUCCCAUUGCAGCGGCUGCGGCGUCGAAAACGAAGACAACGCUGCAGACAUCAAAUCCUUGGUAGCCUUGACUCAAACAAACAGAAUCUUUCGCUCAAUUGCAAUGCCGGUUCUAUUCCACAGUCUCGGACCUUGUCUUCCGUCGACUUAUUUCUUUCGGGUGCUCGAUUGCCAACCAGACUUGGCGCGUAUGGUUAAGCAUUUAUGCUUGCCACUAUCGACACCUAAAAGCUCAUCUGUAAUCAAGGAUUCCGAGUUCUUAGCACGUUUGGCUGAUAACAUAUCACUUGAUCUUGGAACAAUGAAAAGGAAACGUUUCUGUGUUAUAGACUCUGAAAUGUGUCUCGCCAUGGCUUUAUGCUCUGGUAUGGAGCGCUUAAGAAUACACAUCUCAGGCGAUCAAAUUAUCGGCCAAACGAGGCAUUUCGAACUCUUGAAUAUUCUACUGGGCAAACGCAAACAUGAGAUCUUCCCAAACCUUCGGCAUCUUGAUAUCAACAAGACUCAAUGCAACAAGUUCAGCCUUUGUGACCCUGAGCAAAUCAUUCUUAUGCGUGGGGCACCUCGUCUUGAGAAGUUGAUCCUCAGAGGUCCUGAGGGAGAGAGAGAAUCAGAUCAGAAUAGUGACUUAGGUAUACAGGAAUUCUGCUCCAGUGUCAAGAAUAUCAUAGAAUUCCAGCUCCUGGGUUUGCCUUUCUUUACAGGUAGCUGGCAAACUCUUGCACUGGAACGAAUCUUGGGGGCAGCUCAGAAUCUUCAGAGGUUCAAAUUUGUCACUGAUGACUACGGUUGCUGGAAUAAUCGGGCUCUUUCCCAGAUCUCACCAACCCAGCUAAUCGAGUUCCUCAGUCCACGAACUCAAAUUACGUUACAGCGCUUAAGUCUGAACUUCGACAGCAGAAUGGAACCCGGUCUACGUAACCUUCCGAAACCCAAACCCAUCACACCCCAACAGAUCAAGCAGUUUACAAAUCUCACUACCCUCGAAGUCGAUUCUUCCUGCUACUAUAGCCAUGUGCUCCAACGCAAUAAGGACGAAGUUAUCGUUGAGCAAGAAACAUACCUGGUCGAUUUCCUCCCGCAGACAGUUCAAAGUUUAACCAUCUUCUUUAACAGAUGGGCAAGAUAUGAGGUUUUGCAUGAUGUUACAUAUUUAGGACAACGAGCUAUUGCCGGGGAUUUUCCGAAGCUGAAGAGGGUGCGGAUUGAUGCUCCUAUUCAUUAUACGAUGCCUGGGAGUAAUAGUUGGGAUGAUCAGUGGGAUAAUGAGCAGCUGGCGAAAUUGUCAACGGAAAUGAAUGUGCGGAGGGAUGGGUUCCAGGAGGCCUUUGUUGGGUCUGGUGUUGAGACACAGUUUAAGACUUGGUACAUAUGGGAGGAAGGAUAGUGAUGAGGCUAUUGGCCUUGAACGAUAUGCCUUUACCUCCAGGAAUUCUACUAUAAACUGCUAAGAAAGAAAAGCUGGACAACUUUGCGCCCGGACGCCUCAUUGUAUGGAUUUGAUUUAUUAUCUUGAGCAGCACGUACCACUCAAUCUGAAAAUAGAAUGGCUAAUCGGAAUAUUCUGUAGCCCUUCUGUAGAGCUGCGCAAGCAUCAGAGAGGCUCGGACAACAGGCACUUCGCACAAUCCAUCCAGUCAAAGCAUCAUCGCUUCAAAUUAUUGCAGGUCAUGUAACAUAGACAAUGCAACUAAGGAUAAUCAGAUAGCAUGUUUAAUAACAUUAGACGAAGUAGUCAUGAAAGACUUUGGGGGCAGUAGUUUUCAAGAGCAUGUUAUGUUAGUAAGUAG